GCGACCCGAACGUUCGAUAAUCAUGGCGACCGCGUCGCGUUCUGCGUUCAUCACCGGACGCGCGCUCUCGCGCGCGGCGCCGACGCGCGCGAGAAGGACCGCUGGCGUCGUUCGCGCGGCGAAGGAAGGCAGGCAGUCUCUGUUCGUCACCGUCACGGUCAAGGAAGGGAAGAUGGACGAGUACAACGAGCUGAUUCAAGGGCACAUCACGAACUGCUUCGCGAACGACCGAUGCAUGUACUUCGACUACGGCAUCCCCGUGGACGGCGACCCGAACGUCGUGCACCUGUACGAGGUGUACGAGGACGAGGCUGCGUACAAGGAGCACAAGGCGAGCGCGCACUUGAAGGAUUACGUCGAGAAAGCGGAGGCGCUGACGUCGUCGACGACGACGAUGAAGCUCCUGACGUUGGCGCAGUACGGCAGCGUGAACUGCAACUACGCGGGUGAGUGCGAGCUCAGCGGGGAGUGGGACUGACGAGAGGGAGGACGCGAGGACGAUCGCGAGUUCGUGUUGCGUUGUGACUAUCCUGAAAUUUCAGUUAAGAUCGCGUGUAUUCUUC